CACCAUAGCCACUCCGCCUGGACAGCAUCACUCGUCGGCGCUUCACCGGGAUGUCGAGCCUCCUGGAGAACCCUUUGCAGGCGGUGCUCUAUCUGAAGGAGCUCACCGCCAUCGUGCAGAACCAGCAGAGCCUGAUACAAACGCAGAGAUACCGGAUAGACAUACUCGAGCGCCGGCUGGAGGAUCUAGCGACGGAAAAUCGGCAGCUCCGGGACUCCGGCAGCCAUCACCGGCACCCUCCGCGCUAUCAUCCGCCUCCGCCCCCCCGGACCUCGAGUUUACCCCGAACCAGCAGAGCCGAGACGCCGCCGGAGCAGACCCAGACCCCACAGCAGCAGCAGCAGCAGAUCUCUCCGCUGGACAUGCAGCUCGUGCCCGCUGGACCCAGCACCGCCAGUCCGGACUCUGCUGAUGAAGAUGAAAACCCCCAGGACCCCUGCUGUCGCUCUCUCGUCCCGCAGACACCUGCCACCUUGUGCCGAGCUGUGGGACUCCCACGGGCAUCCGAGAGUCAGACGGUCCUGCACCAGUUCUGCUGUCCAGCCCCAGAAGCCCCAGAAGGAGAGUCCAGCACCACCUGCUCCAGCUCCGUUCCUGCUGCAGGAGAGGAACAGAAAGAGGAGAAAAGAGACGACCAGCCUGACGUGCCUCCCUGCUCACAUCCACCAGAAUAUGAGCUCUCUCCUGAUCUCAAACAAAAACAGAUAGAGGAGCUGGAGCAGAAGUAUGGUGGUCCUCUAAUUUCCCGGCGAGCGGCCUGUAAGAUCCAGACAGCGUUUCGUCAGUAUCAGCUCAGCAAAAACUUCCAGAAGAUCCGCAACUCAGUUCUGGAGAGUGGGAUCCCGCGGCGCAUGUCGGUACGCAGGGUCCGGGUUCAGCGGGACGGUUUCUCUGCGGAACGGGCACUGAUGGAGGGAUGUUCAAUCAUGGGCAUCCCGCUCACACACUCCACCUCACUGCCAGUGACCACCACCACCACACUCACACACCUGGAGGACACGUUCAGUGAACAGGUCCAGUCUUUAGCGCGGUCUAUCGACGAGGCUCUGAGCAGCUGGAGCACCAUUCGAGAUGGGGAAGGAGAGAAGUCUUCUGCAGCCCCUCCCUCCGGACCCCAUCCCGAGGGGCUCCUGAUGGACCCCUCCAGCCUACAGGAGGCCACACAGAGCGGCUGUGGGGAGAGCAUACCUCGAAGCGCCAGCAAACUCAUGAUGGCUUUCAGGGACGUCACUGUUCAAAUCGACAACCACAACUUUCGCCUGUCCUCCUCCAUGCUGGAGUCAGUUUCUCUUGGUAAUGGCGUAUCAAAAGAAACUGGCUCAGAGCCCCAAAUUGGGGGACAAAUUGCUAGCCAGACAGCGCUGUCGGCCACAGUGGAGCCUGAUUUUCCUCCUCCUCCACCCAGCGAGGAAGAAAAAGAGAACCAACAGCCAAUUGGAUUGGACACAGUGACCGCAGGGGCGGGGCUGGAGGGGAAACAGACCAAUCAGGUUGCACCGGAGAUGGCGGAGAACAGCUCAGACCCCAUCAGCAGCAGCAGCACCUCCACAUCAGCAUGUGAGACUAUGAUUCUGUCUCUGCCCCGUCCACACUGCCAGAACACACCCUGUGGGACGCUCUCCACGGAUAUUGCACGCAAACGCCUUUACCGCAUCGGACUCAACCUCUUCAAUGUAAAUCCAGACAAAGGCAUACAGUUCCUGAUAUCCAGGGGCUUUAUUCCGGACACAGCCAUCGGUGUGGCUCAUUUUCUGCUUCAGAGGAAAGGACUGAGCCGGCAGAUGAUCGGGGAGUUUCUGGGGAACAGCAAGAGGCAGUUUAACAGAGACGUGUUAGACUGUGUGGUGGAUGAGAUGGAUUUCUCCAUGCUGGAGCUGGACGAAGCGCUCAGGAAGUUUCAGGCUCAUGUUCGAGUGCAAGGAGAAGCUCAGAAAGUGGAGAGACUCAUCGAAGCCUUUAGUCAGAGGUAUUGCAUGUGUAACCCAGACGUGGUGCAGCAGUUUCACAACCCCGACACCAUCUUCAUCCUGGCUUUCGCCAUCGUGCUGCUCAACACAGACAUGUACAGUCCCAACAUCAAACCAGAGCGCAAGAUGCUUCUGGAGGACUUCAUCCGCAAUCUACGAGGAGUGGACGAUGGAGCAGAUAUUCCGCGAGAGAUGCUCGCUGGGAUUUAUGAGCGGAUUCAGCAGCGGGAGCUUCGAUCCAAUGAGGACCACGUGACUUACGUUACCAGGGUGGAGCAGAGCAUUCUGGGAAUGAAGACGAUCCUGUCGGUUCCUCACCGCAGGCUGGUGUGCUGCAGUCGACUCUAUGAGGUCACGGAUGUAAAUAAACCGCAGAAACAGGCUUCACAUCAGAGGGAGGUCUUCCUCUUCAAUGACCUGAUAGUGAUCCUAAAACUGUGUCCUAAGAAGAAGACUGCUGCCACAUAUACGUUCUGCAAGGCUAUGGGUUUACUGGGAAUGCAGUUUCAUCUGUUUGAGAACGAGUAUUAUCCUCAUGGAAUCACGAUAUUGUCUCCGUUCUCGUCGGAGAAGAAGCAGGUGGUGAGUUUCUGCUCUCAGAGCGCCGACGAGCUGCUCAAGUUCAUAGAGGACCUGAGAGAGAGCAUCGCAGAAGUGGCAGAGAUGGAGCAAAUCCGCAUUGAGUGGGAACUAGAAAGACAACAGGUUGUGAGAAAUCAAACUAACAAGAACGGCACACAACUGGACAUCCACGCCGGACCUAGUUCUGCUUCAGGGGAUGAUUUUUAUGAGAAAGCGGGAAGCAACACGGUGGAGGUGUCAAUUCACAACAGGCUCCAAACGUACCAACUCAGCUCUCCUCUGGCCCCGCCCAGCGCUCAGCAACGCCUGGCCGUCCUGCCUAGCCCCGCCCCCGACUCCACCCUCACCAUCUCCCCUGACACCCUGAUCCAGUGCCAGCAGAUCGUCAAGGUGAUCGUCGUGGAUUCCGCUGGGCGUGGCCACGUGGAGGCGUUCCUCAGCCACAACCCUGCCCAUCGCCUCAUCCAAUCAGCGGUGUCCACGCCCACCAGGUCCCGGGAUGUGGGUAAACAGCAGCAGCAGCAGCAGCCGCCUCUACCCCCUCCACCGCCUCCUUAUCAUCACCCGCAUCAAUUUUGCCCACCGACUCCACCUCCGCCACGCCACCUGCUGAGCCAGCGCAGGUACUCCAGCGGGACGCGCAGCCUAGUCUGAACAAUUUACAGUUGAAGUCUAAAUUAUUCGCCCUCCUGUGAUUUUUCUUUUCAAAUAUUUCCCAAAUGAUGUUUAAUGGAGGAAGGAAUUUUUCACAGGAUUUCCUAUAAUAUUUUUUCUUCUGAAAAAGUCUUAUUGGUUUUAUUUCGGCUAGAAUGAAAGCAGUUUUGAAUUUUUUAAAACCAUUUUAAGGUCAACAUUAUUAGCCCCUUUAAGCUUUUGUUUUGAUUAUCAACAGAACAAACCAUCGCUAUACAAUGAUUUGCCUAAUUACCCUAACUUGCCUAAUAAUCUAAUAAGUUAAGCCUUUAAA